GGACCGCAGUCGACAGUGUUUUGUUUCUCUGCAAAAAUUGAAGAAGACCAAACAUGGCGUCCGCUGCCAAGAAGCAGGACAUGCCGCCUCCGGGCGGUUAUCGGUCGAUUCCGUUCCUCAGGAAUCCGGCCAAGUCCUACUUCAAUGGAGUCACUCUCAUCGCUGGUUUUGUGGGACUGACUACUGUUGGAUGCGCCUUGUGGAUCUCAUCUAGUAAACGUUUGAAGAAACAUCGCAUUGAAAUGAGAAGUGGAUCCCUCGCAAUUACACCAUUGCUCCUUGCUGAAAAGGAUAGGGAAAUGCUGAGACAGUUGAGGCGCAACCGUGAUGAAGAAACCAUCUUGAUGGCCAAUGUUCCUGGAUGGGAGGUGGGCACUUACUAUGGCGAGAAGGUGUACACCACCAUUCCUGAGGAUACUUGGAGGGAUCCUUUUGCCAGAGAGUACUAUGCUCACGCUUCUGAGCGAGAUUUCCGUAAGAGGGCUCACUUCACCGACUGGAUUUAAAAAAAUCCCCUUUGUAAACUGAGAGGGUGUGUACAUUUAGAAUAAACUCAUUAUUGCUUGUUGUAGAGUUAA